GGCCCGGCUGUUUGAGGAUAGGAGUAGAAUUAUAAAAGCCCGAACGAUCAACAUCACACAAUUAGACCAAACAGUUGCAGGUUGGUGUUUGGUCGCCACAUCAUCAUCGAACCACUCCCCUUCGGGGCACGUGGUUCCGGAUCACAUGCAGCACCGCCACUCGGCAUCAUGGAUAUCCGUCCCCUCGCCGUGUCACAUCAUCCAUCCCCCGGACCCGUCAUCCUCUUAUCUCCUUUCUUCCUUCAAUCAUCAGGAGAUGGUUAAUCCAUCAUCUACUCGCUCAUAACUUUAUCCAUUGUUGCAGUCAGGAUGCCGCCUUCUAACGGGCACCUGCUGCUCCCCAAGGUCUGGAGAGCAGCCAGGUCUGCCUACGAGAAGGCCUGUAAAACAUUAAGGUCAAAGUUUCCCGACCAAAUCCCUCAGGGUUCGCUCCGUCUUCAACCUGAAUACAUUAGGGUUGCUCACAGACAACCUAUCAAUCGAGCGGCUGCCAUCCGUCAAGCCCGGAGUCGCCAAUUCUCGACUCGUGCGGCGGGUUCCUUCGUCUCAUAUCUCCGUAGUGGUCUUCAAGCAGACCGUACUGCGACAGCGAAGGUAUCUUCUGUUGCCUCCAAUAUUAGCCGGUUGACAACCCGUGCUCCUUUCGCGUCCGCUCUCCGCCCGAACUUGACCGGUGGUACGUUGGGCCGCACGGCCGGAGGUUAUACAAUUGGCGCCGGCCGCAUUGGCGGUGCACGAUAUUUCUCACAUGGCCCGGCUGCACCGGCUCAGGUCAUCAACAAUGUGUCAAUGGGUGUGCGUGCGUUCUUCCUCUCAGGGCAGAAGGCUCGAUUUGAUGGGGUCGAUCCUAUCACCGGGAACAAGCGGUACAAGACCGUCAGCAAGCUUCAGGAUGAAGCUGAGCGCAAGAUGACUGGCAUUCCUCGCACGGCCCCUGGGUCCUUCAUCGACUUCCAGAUAUCUCCAACCAUCACUGCCUUCGGCCUGCAGAAGAAUUUGGCUGCCACCAGCACUUGCGAUGAUCAGACGCUGAACUCGGAGGGCCUCCUGGAUUUGCUGUCUGCCGACUUUGCCCGGACCCUCAAGGAUCUGGCUGUCGUCCUGAAUGAUCUCAAGCGUUUGAAAUCUCUAGGCGACUUGCCCGUCAUACUCCACGACCGGUCUACGAUUAGAGUACGGUUUCCGGGUUGCGAUGCUGAAACUGUUGAGAGGCUUUGUGACGAAGCAGGUAUUCAACGAGGCAAAAUCAUGCAAGAUGAGGAUUUCAACACUCGUACGGGUGCUGAUCUUGCUCUCCUGUUCCCAUUUGCUCCAAGCGUCCCAGCGUCUCCGCAGGUCGAUGAAUACUUCUACAAACCUCAGUCCAUGAAGUCCCAGGCUCCUGAAGAAGUCGAUUGGCAUGCCAUGAUGUCUCCCGAGCAAAUCAGCGACGCGUCGUCUAGUGUGCACAAACAGUCCUCUAACCAGAUAAGCUUUGAGGAUGUAACCAUAUUUGCCAAAAAUCCCUGGGCGUCACCCUUGUCGGGAUAUUCCAGCAUUAACGUCAGCGAGCUCGGAGACCACGCCUACUUCCCCGAGGCCCUGAGCAGUGGGAUUCCUGGUACCGCCUCCGAAUACGAAGGCUCGGACGGAAUUCGCAAGUUCAUUGCUGAGUGCGAUACGGCUGCGCGAUACUGAAGCACAUGCCAAACUGUACAGCUUUACACAGUCAUUUCUCGUUUCCUUGCGUUUUUUCCUUGCGUUUUUUAAACAAGUACUUGGGUGAAUCACGAGUAUGCUUGCGCAAUUCGGAAAUACCAG